UACCUGGGUUGCUUUACAGACGCCAUUCCCAGAGUGAUAGACAGCAAGACGGAGUACAGUACCGUGAUGACACGUGAGAUAUGUGCGGACUUUUGCACGGACUACGCACUCUACGGUGUCCAGUAUUCUACUCACUGUUUCUGCGGAAACAGCUUUGAAACCCCGACUAAGAGUGUUGAUGAAUCGGAAUGCAACGGGAAGUGUGGCGGGAGCAGCGACAUGUGCGGAGGCUAUGGUAGAAACAGCCUUUUCGUAAAA